UCUCGUGCCCUUAGACACACCCAUCGUAGUUUUCCUCGACAGCGUCACCGUGAUGGAGAGACAUUCUAUCGUACGAUUUUAACGACGAUACAAGUAAUUCUCCAGUACGUAGUGCUUGUUCUGUGGCGACCUGAAUAUAACUUAGAUUUCCACGAAGUAUACACGUUCGACAUCCCGUUGACCGCGGAUUCGUUACCGGAUUACCGAGGCCAUUGUCAUAGCGUCGCGAGUAUCUAACAUUGUGAUUAAUUACCAACGCUGUAAUACCACUCACUUGUGCCAAUAAACUCUACCAUUGUUACACCGCAUCCAUGGGCAAUAUCAACCAAGAUUUAUUCAACAUCUCCACCCCCAAUCCUAUCGUCCAGCCGACAUCAGCAGUGGGAUUCGGGCCUACGUUAACCAUGCAAGAGCAGGUGGCCUUCAUGCGUGAGCUGUUUCUGAUGCCGGCGCCAAAUCCCAGGCCGGUACUCGAAUUAUGGCUGCCGCGUUUCAACCCCGGAAUAGCGGGUACCGACGCAGCUACGUGGUACGCGACCGCCAGUGUGAUUAUGCGGGGGAGGUCUAUACGCGAUGAUGACUUAUAUCUCCUUUUAAAUAGUGCUCUGGAAGGUGUUGCAGCACCGUGGUUUUGGCAAAUUCCGGUCAAUGAUCAUACUUGGACGCAAUUUACCGAAUAUUUUCCCUCGUAUUUUGGCACAACGGGGACAAUAAUUCACUCCCACCUAUGGUCGAGGUGGGAUAGUCUACCUAUGAUCGAAGCAGUUAACAUUUUCGUCCCGUAUCCUUUAUCGGACAGGGAGGCCGAGAGGGUGGCAUUCUCGCGUAACAUCCGGACGCGAGAGCAAUUUUAUGAAGAGAUGCAGGAUUUCUCUUACGCGAGGAAUGGGCUGACUUCGUCAAGCGAUCCACCAAGGGAACCUGGAUUAAAACGAAGGAGGACAUCGAACCGAGUCAGGUGCUACCAUUGUGGUACUCCCGGACAUAAAAUAAACGAGUGCCGCAAGAGGAUGCGGACCGGAGAAACGAGGAUACGACACCCAGGAGAAGGUCGACCAGGUACAUCGUCCGGGGCGGUUUGCUACAAGUGCCGAGCGGAAGGUCAUAUCGCACCUGAUUGUCCGCUAUGGGAGGAGAGGAGGAGGCGGCUACGACGAAGAACGUCGAGUCCAUUCCAGCGUGGUGGAGACUUCAACUGGUAAACUGGGUCACCAGGUUACACCCGAGGACGUGUGAUAGUCAAAAUGGCCGCGUCGGAGAUGAAACAGCACCGGAGCCUUCGCCUCGGAACUAUGGGAAGACACCUAGUACCGUAAUUUAGAUUUCACCAUAGCCGUAUUAAGAAAGCCGUUGUCAU